CAUCCUCUGCUGGUCCUACUACGCGUACGUCGCCCAACUCUGCCUGAUAACCAUGACAAAUGUUGGAGAAAAAGUGGUGUGCCUGAUUGCCUAUCAUCUAUUUUUCGCAAUGUUUGUGUGGUCUUACUGGAAAACAAUAUUUACGUUACCAAUGCAUCCUUCCAAAGAAUUCCACAUGACGUAUGCAGACAAAGAAUUAUUGGAGAGAGAACCUAGAGGUGAAGCACAUCAAGAAGUGUUGAAGAGAGCAUCCAAGGACCUCCCUAUCUAUACAAGAACAAUGUCUGGAGCUAUCAGAUACUGUGACCGAUGCCAACUUAUAAAACCAGACCGUUGCCAUCACUGCUCUGCCUGUGACAAAUGUAUUUUGAAAAUGGACCAUCAUUGCCCUUGGGUGAACAACUGCGUUGGAUUCUCCAAUUACAAGUUUUUCCUCCUUUUCUUGGCAUAUUCUCUGUUUUACUGCCUUUUCAUCGCAGCAACUGAUUUACAGUAUUUUAUUAAAUUCUGGACAAAUGGCCUUUCAGAUACUCAAGCCAAGUUCCAUAUCAUGUUUUUAUUCUUUGCCGCAGCCAUGUUCUCUAUCAGCUUAUCCUCUCUGUUUGGAUACCACUGUUGGCUAGUCAGCAAAAAUAAAUCAACGCUAGAGGCAUUCAGAGCACCUAUUUUCCGGCACGGAACAGAUAAGAAUGGCUUUAGCCUGGGCUUCAGCAAAAAUCUAAGACAAGUCUUCGGAGAUGAGAAAAAAUAUUGGUUGUUGCCAGUUUUCACUAGCCUAGGGGAUGGCUGCUCCUUUCCUACUUGCCUUGUUAUCCAAGAUAUUGAACAAGCUUCUACUCCUUCUGGACUACCUUCUUUAAACAAAAAUGAGAAUCACCAUUUCCCUGCAAAGCCACUACGAGAUUCCCAAAGCCACCUUCUUACGGACAGUCAUUCUUGGACAGAAACUAAUGCAAGUAUUGAAAAGAACAAACUAGGUAUGAGUAAUCCUGCACUAAUGAUAGAAAAUGAAACCUAGCACAUACAAGUUGAAAGUAUCCUGGCAGUUCAAGUUUGGAAUUGUUGCUGAGAGGAAGAGGGAUUCUUCCACAACAUCAGCAUCCAUCAACCAGCCGUUCCAGUCCACCGCUGCGUGGAUGGGCCCAGAAGAUAUCUCAAGACCUAAUUUAGCUAUCUCCAUAUCAUUGCUUGAAAUACAAGACCUGUUGUCAUCUCUUGGUGUGUAUAAAGGAAUGUUUUGGUU